AUGGUGUCCUUGCGAACCCUAAUCCCGCUCUUCUUGGGUGGAAGCACGCUAUGUGCGGCUUCUGUCCGCACGCCUCAUGAGAAGAUCGCUCCGAAGGUGUUUAUCGUGUCAAUGUUCCAACCCGAAGCGGAAGCGUGGUGGAACAUUCCCGAAUUCAAUCUCCUGGCCCACAACAUCAGCGUCCCCGGUCUUUCGCCCCUCUAUCCAGAGGUGCACUGUACCGAGAACCACGAGAUUUGCCAGCUGAUCACCGGCGAAUCUGAGAUUAAUGCCGCCACGACCGUCACCUCCGUUGCUUUCUCGCCUCUUUUCGACCUCUCGCAGACCUACGUCUUCAUUGCCGGCAUUGCAGGUGUCAAUCCCAAGCGAGUCACUCUCGGAUCGGUGACUUUUGCGCGAUAUGCUGUUCAAGUGGCUCUUCAGUAUGAAAUUGACAUACGAGAGCUUCCAUCCUCUUACUCCACUGGAUAUAUUCCUCUGGGCUCCGAUUACCCCGAUCAGUACCCCACCAGCAUCUACGGCACGGAGGUCUUUGAGGUCAACGCAGACCUUCGUAGCAUCGCCGCAGGCUUUGCUCUCCAAGCUAAUCUUUCUGACUCGUCGGCUGCCAAGGCCUAUCGUGCCCACUACGCAACCGAGAGUGGGGAGUACAAGGCGGCUACGUUGGCUCCGGGAGUCGUCGAGUGCGACGUUGCUACUUCUGAUGUCUACUACAGCGGCAACAUCCUGGGCAAUGCUUUCGAGAACACCACCAAGUUGUUCACCAACGGCACUGGUGACUACUGUGCCAGUGCUCAGGAAGACAGCGCCACGCUCGAAGCCCUUCUUCGGUCAUCGGCCAAGAAGCUGACCGACUUCUCCCGCAUUAUUGUGAUGCGCACUGCGUCCGACUUUGACCGUCCCCACCCCGGAGAGGCCACUACCGAAAACCUACUCUAUGCUGACGCGGGCGGCUUUGAGCCGGCCGUGGAAAACAUCUACCGUGCCGGCAUCCUUGUCGUUGAAGGUAUCUUGAAGGGGUGGGAUUCCACUUUUGCCUCUGGCGUGAAGCCUCGCAACUAUAUCGGUGAUAUUUUUGGAACCUUAGGUGGGGAGCCCGACUUUGGCCCCGGACGGACUCAAUCGCUGGCUGGCAGUGGCGCCUUCAAGAAGAGGAACGCUGGAGCCGGCCUCGGAAGACGCAGCUAA